UUAUGUGUCAUUUGAUAUUUCCUCUUACAAGGGACACACGCAUUCCGUUACACCCGCAAUAACAUCUGUUAAAUAUGUGUAUGUGACCAAUACAAUCUGAUUUGACAAGAGAAGGGCGUCUUGACGAGUUAGGUUAUUAUCGGACACAGUCCAGCCAGUCUAGGCCAAGCUUGCCCAGGUAUUGUAGGCUAUAGCAUAUAGGCCCUGGGUCAUUAUAUUUCUUAGGCCUAUUGAUUGCAUAUUGGAAAGGUUGUUACAAAUAUGCAAUAACAAUUCAAUGCAAAAAAUGAUGCAAGACACUCAAAUACCUCAAAAGUAGAAUUAAUCAUUAAAAAAACGAGUUAAUAAAAAAAUGGUACUAUAGUUAAAAAGUCCAUAGUUGUACGGCGUCAUGUUGGCUGAUGCUGUGGUUACCAUGUAACGUGACUGGAGUCUUUUACGCAACAAUGUGGACCAAUGUUAUGAACAUGGGCCUACAAAAUCCUACGCUACAAUUAAUGAAGUUAUUGGCUAUGAUAAAAGCAAAGUGUCAUGAAACGACAUAUUAAAUGUUGUGCGAAAGAAGAACAGGAUCGACUUUCAACUGCAAAUUUAUUGGAGGUCGGCGAUGACUGUGUUGAUUACUAUGAUCAAACGGAGAGCAAUGACGGAGUCGGUGCCUGGUCGCAAGAUGCAUGUAGUUACAGGAUUGAUAUUUGCACCAAGGGCAAACUGUCCAGAAAAAUAAUUUCGUAUCAGAGAAGAGAGUGUGCAGAGAAUAAAUGUGAUGUCAUAUCGCAAUCUCAGCAUUACAACGACCCUGAGCGGUUCAUUGAACAAUACAGAAGUGACAGAUUGCGCCGUUUCACCUGUCACACACAUAUCCCUACACAUCUGGGGACAUGGGUGGUGCUGAAAAGCUGCGAGGAAGAGCCCCUCGAUUUUACCAUGCCACCAAUCAGAGGUAAAAACAACACCGCUACUGGAGACUACUUGGAGCAACAAUAUGCGCUUAUAUCUGAAAAAAGAGACACGUUUUCCAAACACAAACAGACGGAUGAAUGUAAAAAGUUAUCUUCUGCAUGGUAAGCAAAAAGGCUACUAUCAGUCUGAUGAUGUUGACUUUUAGAUGCUUUCCAAUAGGCUACACUUUAUUCUAGAAACCCUGGAAUACAUAUCAUAGGCAAAAGACAGAUGUAAAUUUCACACCAAAAUUGAUAUGAUUUCCUUCUAUUCUAUUCUAUUAUGUCUAGUUUGGGUUGAUACAGAUUAGAGCCAGCGAAAGUCUGUCCAUGCGAAAUCUUAUGUAAGGUUUAAUUACUAAAAGACAUGCCACUGUUAGAGUUCAGGAAAAACUCUGAUUUCCCAACAGUGUUCAAGAUGAUGAAAUGCUCUGUUUUACCUGCCACGCUAUGCUAAGGUCAUUUCAAAAUUGUGGAGACAAGGAGCUGUCCUACUAUGAGCCAAUUGGCACAGUCUACUCACCUAUCAACAACAUGGGCAUCAAGCUGCUGACAGUGCAACAAACACACACCUCGUUGGACGCCUUGUGGAGGAACCAGCGACUCAGGAGCAGCGCUGUCAUCAGGAGGCACCCACGAGCCAAUAAGAGUGCCACCUUAGGGGACAUCUCCCUGUCAACAUUCAAAAACAACGUGGUGUGGUGUAACGGCUAUCGAGAGGCCUCUUCCAUGCAGGCCGCCGCUCUCCCUGAUGUUCCCAGUUCUUCAUCAAAGAAAGGAAACAAUAAGGCUAAUCCAUUUAGGGUCACAGGGUUGAGAAGGCUCCCUCCAAGUCAGAAUGGGACCAGGCUUGGCCACUCCUUUCCCGAGUCAUCUCCUCCCAGGGGGAGAUCCAUCACCCCAAGCACCCAGCUCUCCUCCACCACCCCCCUACCUCCAUCGCACCCCUGGAAGUCCAGCUCUACAUGCUACCUGACCCCUCCACAGUUGGCACCCACAAAGCCCCUGGUGGUCCAGCAGAGGAAAAAGAGAUGGUGCCCUCUCCAAGACGGUGAGAGGGUUGGCUUUGCAGAGAUUUUGGUAUUACAUUAAAUGCAGUUAAACUUUCUAUGCUAAUUCGUAUCAUACAGACUCUUUGCUCCUUGUCCUAAAAGUAAUACAUAGGAAAAGUUCUAAUUGUGUUUUAUUGUGAAAUGUGUUACCUUCUAUGUACUGUAUGAAUUCCCUUUACAAAAAAACAGGUGCACUGCCAACUUUAUCCAUCACCACGAGAGGGCAGCAGUGACUUACUAAAGUUUUGGAUCGUGAAUUAUUAUAGUAGGUAAUAAGAACUUCCACUUGUUUCCCUCAAAUCGGAAAAAUGAGGCGUGCAUGUGAAGAUUACUAACUCAACAUUUGUUUUGAUAUGUAUAUUUCCAAAGAGCAUGGAUCAAUUAUGGAACAGAAGAUUUGCAUAUAUUGAAACAGGAGAAUGGUGUGAAAACAUAACAAUCCUAGUUUACUGAUGAAUGGUGAACCUGAUUUCUAUGUUGGCAUAACAUUACUACUACACUGUAUUGGUCAUGAGUUUACAGUUGACAAGUGUCUACUGAAUUAUAUCAGCACAUAAAUAAAAGAAGA